UAUCUGUCCUGUGGCCAUAUCGCAAUUGUCACGAUCGAUGCGACGCGACUCACAUCGAAUCAGUAUCACAGUAAUCGUGGAACCAAAAAUCAACGAGGAGUCGUAGUGGAGGUGAAGAUGGCUCUCGUCCUUGGUCCUUGUUGCAGCAGGCGGCAGGCAAACCAUGGCAUUGCCCCCGCGGUCCGCAGAGAAUCCCGCGCCGUUCCCCACGCGUCACCGAGGGUAAACAAAUCCCCCAGUUGACAAACAGAGCGCUGCAGCAGCGGUCCUGGCCCAGCGCGAGAAAACUCUUUUGCUCUUGGAAUCUUGCUGCCGCUGCCCCCCAAUCGGCGCCGCUUUCUUCCUAGUCUCUGCAAGGUUCCGCGCAUCACCAUCGGAGACUUGGGAUGGAGGGCACCGCGUCUUCUUGGAGCCGCGACUAGGGAAGCCGCGUCUCCUUGCCGUCUUCCCAGUCUGUGUGCAGGUUACAGCCGGAGAUCAGAGAUCUUGGUGCAGACAAGUUCUUGUGCAGUCUUUGCAGAUCUUGGUGCAGACAAGUUCUGUUUGCUCCUCCAUCGAUUUUCAGGCUUUUCUUCCCAUUUGUAGUUCUGUCUAGGCGGAAUUCUUCUGUUCUUGAGGGGAAAAAAAAGGUAGCGUAGAGGUGAGAUUUGUGAAGUGAGUUGUGGCACUAAAGAGCGAAAAUCAGAAAAAUCUUGUGGAUACAAUCUCCAAGGAAUGAUAAUGGACCCCCGUCCUCGUGAUAAUCUCAACUUUGGUGCUCGAUUGCCCACCCCAAAUCCACCCACACCUCACAUGAUUAGCUUCUCCCUCCAACAGCCACAGCCUCAGUUCUUCCCGUCAUAUGGAUUCCACAGCCACAACCACAACAACCCUGCUAUCAGCUCACAUCCAUCUCCACCCUCAGUCAUGCCUGGCUGCACCACGCCAAGCCCAGCAUCAACAACCACAACCGAGGCAGACAAUGCCGAGGAUCUCUCCGAGGCUGUUGCUGAUGAUGCAGUCCUUGCUUACAUCAACCAGUUCCUUCUUGAAGAUGAGGAUGAGGAGUCCUAUCCUGUUACCAGUGUGCCUGUGGAGGAUUCAGUACUCCUCGCCGCUGUCGAGAAACCAUUCGUCGACAUCCUCAAGUCUGCUAACCAUAUCACAGCAAAGGCCUAUGAAGUAAAAUCCUGGAUCACUGAUGAUUGCCAUUCCACGGGAAGUGGAAGAUUUCAUGAUGUGGUCACAAGUACUCUGGACUCCACCCAAUUGGCCCCUGAAAUGGUUCAAGGGGAUGUAGUUGAUGCUGUUCAUAAGGGUCAGAAGAACCCACGUGACAAUGACUUGGAGGUGGAGAGGAGGAAGAGCAAACAGUCCGCAUUGUGUGAUGAGGAGACUGUCCGAGAGAUGUUUGACAAAGUGCUGUUGUGUACCGAUAAGAAUUGUGCGUUCCACUCACCAAUGCCAGCCGAUGCACAAAACAGCGGGGGAUAUGUGAAAGGAUCUGGAAAUAGAAGAGGGCGAAGGAAGGGAAGAUCCGGUGCUGGUGCAGAGCAGGAGCCAGUCGAUCUCACAACCCUACUUAUUCAUUGUGCUCAGGCCGCGGCUAUUGAUGACCACAGAAACUCAAGUGAGCAUCUGAAACAGAUUAGGAAGCAUUCUUCUGCUACUGGAGAUGCUGGCCAGAGAUUGGCACACUACUUUGCUGACGGGCUCGAGGCUCGCCUAGCUGGCACUGGUAGCAGCAUCUACCGUUCACUUGCUGCAAAGAGAACUUCUACUGGUGAUAUGCUGAAAGCGUUCAAUUUAUAUGUUAAAGCAUGUCCAUUUAGGAUAAUAUCACACUAUGUUGCAAAUACGACCAUCUUAAAUGCUACGAAGAGCGUGACAAGGUUGCACAUUAUAGACUACGGGAUAAUGUAUGGUUUCCAGUGGCCAAUCCUCAUGCAGCGGCUCUCAAAGAGAUCUGGUGGGCCCCCAACCCUUCGAAUCACUGGUAUAGACUUUCCCCUGUCAGGAUUCCGCCCUGCAGAGCGUGUUGAGGCGACAGGGCGACGGUUACAUGAGUAUGCCCGUAUGUUCAAUGUUCCGUUUGAAUAUCAGGCCAUUGCUGCCAAGUGGGAUACUAUCCAAGUUAAAGAUCUCAAUAUAAAGAGCGAUGAGUUCAUUGUCGUUAACUGCCUUUACCGAAUGAGGAACAUGAUGGACGAGACGGCAACAGAUGACAGCCCGAGAACAAGAGUUUUGAACACAAUCAGAAAGUUGAAUCCCCAUUUGUUCGUUCAUGGGAUUGUCAACGGUACUUACAAUGCACCCUUCUUUGUGACACGGUUUAAAGAGGCUAUGUUUUUUUUCUCUUCAAUCUUUGAUAUGCUUGAAGCAAAUGCCUCACGGAUGGAUGAACAUAGGCUGCUGAUAGAAAGAGAAUUCUUUGGACGGGAAGCUAUUAAUGUGAUUGCUUGCGAGGGUACAGAGAGGAUUGAAAGGCCAGAGACCUACAAACAAUGGCAGAUGAGAAACCUCAGGGCAGGCUUCAGGCAGCUACCUCUGGACAGAGAGAUAAUGGCGAGAGCAAGGUACAAGGUUAGCAAGACCUAUCCGAGGGAUUUCCUCGUGGACGAAGAUAACAAGUGGAUGCUACAAGGUUGGAAGGGUCGUGUCAUAUAUGCUCUUUCAGCAUGGAGUACCUAGACUUGUAAAUCCUAGUUAGCUUAGCUGACAUCUUCCCUUAAUAUCUUGAUUUUUCACUAUUUCAUUUUGUUGUAUUAUGAUUACGUUAAUGAAUCUGUCCCUCGUCUAGGAACCAAAAUUUUGUAAGUUUGAAUUGACUGCCAUAAAGAUUUUUGUCUGUGUGCCUGACAUAUUUGCCGAAUAGUGUAAGAGGUUUCUCUUUGUCCCUAUAUAUCAUAUAGGACAGAAGACAGUAGCAUUUUUUUUUGGGUA